AUGACCUCCAGUAAGGGCAAUGUGCCUGACGAUCACGAAGAAACCGAACCAACUGGAGAUAUAAACGACAUUGAGAAGCAAGAGAGAACAACCCAUAUUGUUUGGGAGGAUGUGAAUCAUCCCGGGAGGGGCCGUUCAGAUGGCAGAACUGCUCGCCGCCAAUCGCGCAGUAGAAGCCAAGGUUCUAUUUCGAGUGUUCGAAGUCGUACUCACUCUGUAUCUGGCAUUCCUAUCGAGUUCCGCACACUUUCCAUCCAAGUGAGCGAGAGCAAAGCCAAAGCAAGAGAUCCGCCAUCGAAAGAUACCGACGAUACCAAAAACGCGAAUAGCGACUACUUUGGGCAACUCGACUACCACACACUGAGUGCGAAGAGUGUCUGCGACCGCUUCAACGUCUUUCAGAAGCAGGGUCUCAGCAAAGAGGCAGCUGCUACACGCCUUCAACGCGAUGGCAAAAAUGCGAUCCCUAGCCCACCCGAACACAUGUGGCGGAAAAUCUUUUGGUAUGUGUUCGGAGGCUUCUGUUCAGUUCUAUGGAUUGGAGUCAUCAUCUUCUUCAUAUGCUGGAGGCCUUUGGGAGACCCUCACCCUGCGGCGUAUAACCUGGGCCUGGCCAUCUUAGUGCUCAUCGUCAUCCUCCUUCAGGCUUGCUUCUCAGCCUUCCAAGAUUGGUCGACGAAGCGAACGAUGCAAUCGAUUUUGGACCUGCUUCCCUCGGAUGCGAUGGUCCUCCGUGACGGCUCGUUUGUAAAGGUUCCUUCUACAGAUAUCGUCGUCGGUGACAUCGUUCGUAUCUCCAUCGGCGACAAAGUACCUGCCGACAUGCGUUUGUUGACCUCUUCGGGCGAUGUACGAUUCGAUCGUUCCAUGAUAACAGGAGAAGCCGAGGAAGUAGAUGGUGCGCUUGAUUCUACGGACGAAAACUUCCUUGAGUCGCGCAACAUCUCUUUCAUGGGAACUAUGGUGGUCAACGGCAGCGCUGUUGGAAUUGUUGUGUUGACAGGACAGAACUCCGUCAUGGGUCGUAUCGCGCAGGCAACGUCUGGGGUCAAGGAAGAACCUACUCUUAUCCAACGCGAGAUCAGUCGAUUCGUCUAUAUCAUUGUAUGCUUGACAGUAUGCCUUGCGCUCUUAUUAUUAUUCGUCUGGGUCGGGUGGCUACGAAAAGACCACAAGGGCUUCCUCUCCGUCAUCGCUAUGCUCAACAAUGUUAUGGGUUGUGUGGUCGCAUUCAUUCCAGAGGGUAUGCCGGUUGGCGUAGCGCUGACGCUCAUGAUGGUAGCGCGACGCAUGAAGAGUGCCAACGUCUUGCCCAAAGGACUAUCUACAGUUGAGACUCUCGGAUGUGUCAACGUCAUAUGCUCCGACAAGACGGGCACCCUCACUGAGAACAAAAUGACAGUCACUUCAAUAGGAUUUGUGGAUGAGCUGAAGUCUGCGGAGGACCUUGCGCCUAUGCUCGCUUCUGAAAGCUGUCCAGGGGCUUUGCAAGAGCUCCACAAGGCCGCUAUCUUGUGCAACGACGCCAUGUUCGAUCCUACAACCAUUCAACUUCCCGUAAGCGAAAGAGCUAUUCAAGGAAAUGCGACCGAUGGGGCUGUGUUACGCUUUGCUGAAGGAGCGAAGCUGGGGCGUUCUCUCCACGAGACUCUCCCUCGCGUCUUUUCGAUCCCGUUCAACUCAAAGAAUAAAUGGAUGCUCUCGUUACAUGAACAAGGAAAGAAAAGCGAAGAAUCGGAAAAGCCGGAAUUUUUGGUUCUUGUUAAAGGCGCGCCCGAUGUACUACUCCCAAAAUGCUCCUCUUGGCUGUCAUUCCGUACAAACACUGUCCAACCGCUGGACAGUGAAGCACGACACCUUCUAUCCCAGGCGCAAGAGAAACUCUCGCGCAAUGCAGAACGUGUCAUCAUGCUCUGCCAGCGGCAAUACAAGCCAGUUGCAUCCCUACGCUCCAACGCCUUUUCGGACGAACUCACUGAACAUGCUCUCACUGAUCUCACCAUCAUCGGCAUUUUGGGCAUCCUCGACCCCCCACGUCCGGAAUCAGCUGAAACUGUUGCAACGUGUCGUAGAGCUGGUAUCAGAUUCUUCAUGGUUACAGGUGACUUUGGUCUCACGGGAGCUGCAAUCGCCCGGCGAAUUGGCAUCUUCUCUAGCGAUAGAGAACCGGACACAAUAACGGACAUUGUAGAUCGCAAUGCUUCGGGAGACGUGGCGACUGCAAAAACCAUUUCUAGCAGCUCCGGAAACCAAUCUCUACUUCUUGAAGGCACGCAACUUGGCGAUCUGAGCGACGCUGAUUGGGACGUGGUUUGUCAAUACGAGGAAAUUGUGUUCGGGCGCACAACACCUGAACAGAAACUGCGCAUUGUCAACGAGCUCAAGGGACGUCAAAAUGUAGUCGCUGUGACUGGAGACGGGGUUAACGAUGCCCCUGCCCUUCGUGCUAGCGAUGUAGGUAUCGCUAUCGUAUCCGGUUCUGACGUUGCCCUGGAAGCCUCCGACUUGGUCCUGAUGGAUAAGUUCUCUUCAAUCAUCGAUGGUAUUCGUCUUGGGCGACUUGUGUUUCAGAAUCUUCAGAAAGUUAUUGGUUACCUCUUGCCCGCAGGGUCCUGGUCUGAAAUAUGGCCCGUUCUCCUGAAUGUCUUCUUUGGAGUGCCCCUUCCGUUGAGCUCUUUUCUCAUGAUUAUCAUCUGUGUUUUCACGGAUCUCUUCUGCUCGCUCUCCCUUAUCAUGGAACGUGAGGAGUUUGAUCUUCUCUCACUACCUCCCCGAGACACCAAACGCGAUCAUCUCAUCAACGUCAAGAUCUACAUCCAGUCAUAUCUCUUCAUUGGAGUGAUGCAGACUGUCUGCGCGCAUUCAAUGUUCUUCCUUUACAUGUGGCGCCAUGCAAAGAUACCUGCUUCCGCCCUCUUCUUUGCCUACGAAAAGUACACCGACGGUUUCUAUGGGUACAGCAUGGACGAACUCAACCACUUCAACACCGUCGGACAAUGCGUCUACUUUGUCACUCUUGUCAUUUUACAAUGGGGCAAUAUCCUGUCUAUCCGCAACAAGCGCCUCAGCAUCCUACAGGCCGACCCGUUCCGCAAAGACCGGCGUAAUCCUUGGCUGGCUGCGGGUAUCCUUGUCAGCCUGUGCAUUGCUAUCUUUGUAACGGAGGUUGAAGGCAUACAGAACCUAUUUGGUACUGCUUCGGUACCAAUGGAGUUCUGGCUCAUUCCCAUCCCAUUGGCGCUUGGUAUUAUAGUCAUGGAUGAGAUGAGGAAGUUGGCUGUCAGGAUGUGGCCAAACGGGCCCAUUGCACGCAUUGCAUGGUAG